UGGGCGGGAUUUGGAUAAUUACUUUUCGCACUGGUUCCUUAUAAACCGGUGCCAAAUCUUGGUUUUCGCACCGGUUUUAACCGGUGCUAAAUGUUUUAUUAAAAAAAAUAAUAAUAAAAAAAAAAGAGGGAUAGAGGGAACGCACCGGUUCAGCCCAAACCGGUGGGAAAAUUCAUUUACAACUGGUUCGAACCAGUGCUGUAAAUUAAACAAAAAAAACCACUUAAUCGUAAAAUUCGAUCUUCUUCUUCCUUCAAUUCAGUUUUCAUUCCCCUUCUAGCUUUUCCACAUUCAAUUCGCACCCCCCUCGUUGUCGCCUACCUUCCCCAUAGUUGUACGUCCUCCAUCGAAGCGCAUUCUGGGCUUUCUCACCUCCAUUGCCGCAACUCGUCUCUUUCUCUCCAUACCUCUCCUCCAUUGAAGCGCAUUCUGCUGAGCUUUUCACCUCCAUUGAAGCGCAUUCUGAGCUUUCCAACUCCAUUGUAGCAGCUUCGAGUGAUAAAUAUACGAGCAUAUGCAUCCUGGGAUAGCUACUCUCAUUAUCCAGUUUCGCAAGUGCACAAGAUUCAUCUAUGUCUCCAAAGACUUGUAUCAGUCCCGUGGUGGGAAAAUCUGUAGGAACUAAAGAUCACAAGAAAUUGAAGAGAAGGUCAUCUAAACUAGCCUUGUCUCCGAAGCCUUCACCUGGAAAUGCUUGUGCAAAAGUUAAAACGAGGUUAAGAGAAGAAGUUCUGACACCCAAGCCUUCUAAAACUCCCACAGCUCUUAAAUCUUCAGAGAAGAAGACUAGUGGGAAAAUUACAAGAAAAGAUCUUCGGCUGCAUAAGUUGGUUUUUGAAGAUGAUGUAUUGCCUGAUGGAACUAUGCUUGGCUAUUAUGCUAGAGGGCAGAAAUUACUGGAGGGCUCCAAAAAGGGUUCUGGAAUUCUUUGUAAUUGAUGUGAUACGGUGGUGCGUUGUCUGCCUUUAAUUUGACCUUCAAUAUUGUCAUUUUCUUUGAAGCUUGUUUUUUCACAUGAAAUAUUAUUCAGGUUAGUGCUUCGCAAUUUGAGGCACAUGCUGGUUGUGCUUCACGCAGAAAACCUACAAUGAUGACCUGACAGAAGUUUAUGAACAAGCGGAGCACUUUGGGCAGAUUGUAUAGGCUCCAUACAUUGAAGAGCAUGAUUUCUAACAAUUGAAUUGACUAUUAGGCUCAUCAAACUCACACUGCCCUCCAGAUUUCUGCAUGUUGAUUCAGCCAGCAAUACAAACCAGCAAUGGCAGCAGCAGCACACAACCAGGCACCAGCAGCAUAACCAAAGCAGCAACAACAGUACAGCAGCAGCACCACAAAAGAAAAUCAAACAGCAGCUAGCAACCCACCCAGCACCCCACAGCAACUCAUCCAUCACCAUGAAGGCAUUUUUGAACAAAUUAAAGAGUAAUUUCAUAUACAAAAUUUUAUUUUAUUUUUUAGCUGAAAAUUUUAAUAUUAUGGCUUUUUUUAAU